UUUAUGUACAGCUUCAUGUUGUUUUUGAGAAUGUGAUACUUGAUAAAGCAACUUGUAUUAUUGCAAUGAUAAAGAUAGAGAACUGCUCCAAGCCUUUUGUUUUUGCAAUGCAAGAAACAAAACCUAGAUAUGUCAAUAGCAAUAUGAGGUCAAUAAACAGUCUUUGGUUUUUUCUUGCCAUGGGCAUUGUCUAUUGGUUUACAUUGCAGGUUAAAGGACUUUCAGCAGAAGAACUUGCCGCUCGUAAUGAUUUGGUACUUGCAUUACCUGAUAGGAUUCAAGCCAUACCAGACGGUGCUGCAGCUGCACCCACAAAAUCUGGUGGCUGGGGAUCUUCGGCUCCUCGUAAAGAAAUCAAAUUUGAUUCAGAUGGACGGUUUGACAGUGAAUACUUUCAACAAACUGAAGGGUCAAGUCAAUUCAGGCAAGAGUAUGAAAUGCGGAAAAUGAAACAGGCACGUUCUUUAGUGAAAUAGUA